UCGGCUGUCGCGCGCGCGCGCGCGCUCCUCCCUAAUUACUGCCGGUCCCUCGCAGCCGUGUGCCGAGCCAACCCUCCGCUACACUUGGCGCCUCGCUCCCGUCCGCAGUGCGACUCCGCGCGGGGGGUGACGGCUCUGCUGGCCCCGGCACCUGGGGCAGAGCGCGCGGUCGGAGCCGCGGAGAGCGCGCUGCUUUUGGAGGAGGUCAAACACAAGCCGACAACAAAUGCCCGCGACGCGCGCCCGGUGCCCCCAGAGCCGACGGGGAGGGAGACGAGCAGAGCAGUGAUGGGACAGCUGUCGGGGGGAUGCUACCUGAGCUUCGCCGCCCUGGUGCUCCUCGGCCCCCUCGUCCCGGCCACGCUGGCCAGAGGUGCCCGAGGUGAAGCCCUGCAGCAUGGCCAGUCCGGGACACUGCCCCAGUUCCUGGAGGAGCCUGUUGACGCUUACAUCAUCAAAAGCAAUCCCAUCAAGCUCCGGUGUCGAGCUCGGCCCGCUCUGCAAAUCUUCUUCAAGUGCAACGGUGAAUGGGUCCACCAGAGCCAGCACAUCUCUCAGGAGCACACCGACCUGGGGACAGGGCUGAAGAUCCGCGAGGUGAUGAUCAACGUGUCCCGUCAGCAGGUGGAGGACUUUCAUGGCCCAGAGGAUUACUGGUGUCUGUGUGUCGCCUGGAGUCACCUGGGAACCUCCAAGAGCCGCAAGGCAGCGGUGCGGAUCGCCUACCUGAGGAAGAACUUUGAGCAGGACCCCCAAGGCACUGAGGUGCCUCUGAAUGGCAUGAUUGUGUUGCACUGUCGUCCCCCAGAGGGAGUGCCUGUGGCUGAGGUGGAAUGGCUGAAAAACGACGAGCCUCUCAGCUCUGACGGUGUCAUCGAUACAAGAGGCGACCAUAAUCUCAUCAUUUCAGAUGCUCGCCUGUCGGAUUCGGGAAACUACACCUGCGUUGCCAGCAACAUUGUGGCCAAAAGACGCAGCGCCACAGCCACGGUUGUAGUCUAUGUGAACGGAGGGUGGUCAUCGUGGACAGACUGGUCCCCCUGUAAUGUUCGCUGCGGCCGCGGCAUGCAGAAGCGCUCCCGCACUUGCACAAACCCGGCUCCGCUCAACGGGGGAGGCUUUUGUGAGGGCAUGUCGGUGCAGAAAAGCACCUGCAACACUCUGUGUCCAGUCGAUGGCAGCUGGGGCGAGUGGAGCGAGUGGUCAUUGUGCAGUCCGAGCUGCGAGAGGCAGCGCAGCAGAGAUUGCACGGCUCCGGAGCCCAAACAUGGAGGACGGCUGUGUGACGGGGUGGCAGUGGCGACAGACAACUGCACCGGCGGCCUCUGCACACAGAAUCGAAAGUUGCUACAUGAAGUUAAGCCUCAGGGCGUGGAGAACAGCAGUGAUGUGGCCUUGUAUUCGGGCCUCGCUGCAGGCGUGGUGACCGUGGUGCUGCUGAUCGUCGCAGUCACUCUCUACCGAAGAAGCCAGAGUGAGUACGGUGUGGAUGUCAUCGACUCCUCCGCCCUCACGGGGGGCUUUCAGUCCUUCAGCUUCAAAACCUCCCACCAAGCGAACCCCCUGCUUAUUAAUUCAUCGAUGCAACCAGAUCUGACAGUGUCGCGUACCUACACCAGCCCCAUGUGCUUUCAGGACUCCAUUGACAAGGAGCUGAUGGCUGAGCGCUCACUCCUUGACCCGUUGCCAGAUCUUAAGGUCAAAGGGGUGGCAGAGCGGGCAGAGUACCAUGUCAUGUCCCACCCGCAGACAUUCCCACGGGGCCUGGCUCCCGACUAUAGAGGAGUCGCGGUGGGGACGACGCUGGGCAGAAGAGGCAAAAACCUCUUCCCUCCACAGGUCUCUCUGACUCUGAGCAGGCCUCUUCACAAAGCUACCGCGGUGUUUGGUCAUGCUGGAGGCAGGCUGGUGGUUCCUAACACAGGUAUCAGUCUGCUGGUGCCUCAUGGGGGGAUCGCGGAAGACACUACCUGGGAAAUGUACAUGAUCAUCAACCAGGAGGACAGCAGCUCUUUGUUUGCGGACGGGCCAGAGAUCUUUUUGAGCCCUGCAGUCACAUAUGGACCACCAGGCCUCGACCUGUCCUGUCCCAUAGCCAUGACCGUCGCUCAUUGUGCAGAGGUUGCUGAUGAUAAUUGGACCAUCCGGCUGAAGAGACAGACGCAGGACAACAAGUGGGAGGAAGUGAUGUCGGUGGACGAGGAGAGCACAUCCUGCUACUGUCUGCUGGAAGCCCAGAGGUGCCAGGUGCUGCUGCAACAUCCGGGUCGUUACGCCCUGGUGGGGGAGCCGCUGAAUCAGGACGUGUCCAAGCGGCUGAGGCUGGCUGUGUUCGGUAGUCCAGAUACUAGCAGUUCUCUGGGCUUCACCCUCAGGGUUUACUGUGUGGACGACACGCCCCACGCUUUCCAGGAGGUGGUAGUGGGCGAGCGCAGCAGGGGAGGGCGGCUGCUGGAGGAGCCCAAAAUGAUGCUGUUCAGGGGGAACACGUUCAGCCUCCAGGUGUCCAUCCAGGAUGUCCCACAGUUACUCUGGAGCAUCAAACCUUUCACCACCUGCCAGGAGUUCUCCUUUUCUCAGGUGUGGGCCAGUAACCAGCGUCCCCUGCAGUGUGCCUUCUCUUUGGAGCGAUACAGCCACUCCUCGUCGCAGCUCUCCUGCAAGGUCAGCGUGCGACAGGUCAAAGGCGAGGAGCAGAUACUCCAGGUCUACACGUCUGUGGUGGAGAAUGAGAAGGGAGUGGUUCCCUUCUUCACUCAGUCAGACUGCACCAUCACCUCUCAGACGGGGUCAAGGGCCUUCAAAAUCCCCCCGUCUAUCCGUCAGCGGAUCAGUGCCACCUUUGACACCGCUAAUGCCAAGGGGAAGGACUGGCAGCUCUUGGCUCAAAAGCUCCACAUAGACAGGAACCUUUGCUACUUUGCAUGUCAGGAGAGCCCAUCAUCAGUGAUACUGAGUCUUUGGGAAGCCCAGCACCAGGACUCGGGGGACCUGGACUCUCUGGCCAGUGCCCUCGAGGAAAUUGGCAAGGUCCAGUCGCCCACAUCCGCCACACUUGGCAGCAGCAAAGGAGAGCGGGACUCUGAAUUCACUAAACUUGGGUAGGGCAGGUCUACGGCAGAUCAACUCAUGAUGAACCUUUACUGCAUGAACACUGAUGAUCUGUUGUGUUAGCUAACCUACGGUGAGGACGAGGAGACGCAGAGAGGACAGCAGGGAAACUCGGUUUUUGGACUGUUACUAAAGGAAUAGCUCUGCUAAACCAAACGGCACACACAGACACACAGGAAACAUGGAACAACUGUGAGGGAGAGUUUGUGUUGUUGAGAGGCGCCAACAAAAAGAUUUUGGAAAGCGAUGGAAGUAUCCCACGCCCGUCUUUGAUUGAAAAAUGUCAGCUCCUCGACACUUCGGAAGACAAGUUCGAUAAACUGCAUUCAAGGAUUAUGGGUAUGUGUGAGGAGGACUCUCCAUGUGGGAUGGAGUGGGUUGCAGACAGACUGCCAAUCAGCCUGGUGUUAUGACCUUCCCAGAGAGGACCUGCCGUCAAACAGUCUUCUGGGUUGUCAAAAUGUUUAGUGUAACGUCAUUAUGUUGUCAUUCAUUUUCUAGAUCUCCUCCCUGCUUCUUUUUCUUUUCUGCACUGCAUCUCUACUGUUUACUGAGUGAGUUAGCUGGGGGGGGAUAAACAAAAGUCCAUCAGAAGAUCUCAUGUCCACACAAAUUAGGUUUAAAGGGUCUGAUGAGGUCCACAUGCGUAUUGACGUAUAGGAAAUGACUUACAUUGACAUGAAUCACAUAGAAAACAGUCCUUUUAACGACACCCUCAUGCACACUGAAGAACAUUUUCAACUCCAUCAACAUAAAACAUAAAGAUUGCAGAGGAGGAAAAGCGAAACCAGCUGAUCUGGCAAUGCAGACAGGGAUGCACCGCAUUCCCUAAAGUUUAUGAAGCAACUUCUGGUUCUUUUGCAGGGAAAUUUAUAGAAAUCAGUUUAACUCAUUGACCUAAAAUUGGCUUUUUCAAUCUAAAUCUUGACUUUGUGGCUCGACUGGAGCUGCCUUUGGUGGAGAGAUCAUUAUUCUGAGACACUUGUGUCCAAGCAGAGGAUGGCUCUGCCUGUUAGAGGACAGACGUGCAGGAGUGAGAGUUGAACAAAAUCCUGAUACAGGAAGAUUCCCCACGUUCAGUCGCUCCACCUGCCCCUAAACUUAAUAAAGUGACUUUGUGUUGAA